AUGGUGCCCCUGCUCGCCCUGUUCCUGGUGGCCUUGGUGGGCCUACCCGUGGCCCAGGCCCUGGACUGCCACGUGUGCGCCUACAGCGGCGACAACUGCUUCAGCCCCAUGCGCUGCCCGGCCAUGGCCACCUACUGCAUGACCACGCGCACUUACUACACCCCGACCAGGAUGAAGGUGAGCAAGUCGUGUGUGCCCAGCUGCUUUGAGACCGUGUACGAUGGCUACUCCAAGCACGCGUCCACCACUGCCUGCUGCCAGUACGACCUCUGUAACGGCGCUGGCCUUGCGGCCCCUGCAACCCUGGCCCUUGUACUCCUGGCCACCCUCUGGGGUCUGCUCUAA